AUCAUCGUCCCUUUCAUCAUCCAUCCAUGCAUCACUGAUACUAUCCAAAAUGCCACACGACCACCAGCAUCAUAGCUGCGCAGAUGAGAGCCACGACCACGACCAUGAUCACGAUACGUCCGGCCUUGGUCCUCAGGACAACUUGUACAACCAUGUCGAUCGCGGGGUCGUGCGCGCCCUGAACGCAACUAAUGGCGAGGGCCCAGAGGUUAUCAAGCCCUGGCAUGAGCGGAUGGACGAGACCAGGUUCCUCGAGUCCGAUGCAGACGACCAGAUGAUCAUUCGUGUACCGUUCACGGGAGCCGUCCGCCUUCGCUCUAUUCUGCUCAAAACGGGCCCAGCCGACCAAACACCGUCCAAAGUCGUCCUGUUCGCCAACGCGGCGGAGAUGGACUUUGACGAUGUUGCGGACAAGAUGCCGACCCAGGAAUUCGACGUGGCGCAGGGUCGGGAAGUGGGUGAAUAUGCGGUGAAAACCGCCAAGUUCUCCAACAUCUCUAGCAUUACGCUCUUCUUCCCUGGCUCACAAGGCGCGGACACCACUCGCAUCUACUACGUCGGAUUCUUGGGCCAUUGGCAGGAGAGGAAUACCAGCAUACCCGUCACCGUUUACGAGGCGCAAGCGAAUCUUGCUGACCACGAGAAGAUUGCUGGGACGGACGGCAACUUCAGCAGGCUCGGCGCGUAGCGUGAAGAAGGAUAACAUAACCCAGAGCAUUCCGAUGUAACCUAGGAAAUCAAGUUGUAUCAU